CGCAGCCCCUCUGGCCUGAGAUGGGAGCGCACACAGCGGCACCAUCACGGCCGAAGACGCUGGAGGAGCACAGAGGAGGAGAAACACCACCAGCACCGCUAACAGUGCCGUGGAGGAACAUGGGAUAAUGGAACAAAUCGUCCCCCUCGCACCGGCUCCCUCCUCCGCGUAAAACCCGCAACUCACAUGUUGUCGUCCCUCCACGUUUUGCGCUUUUUCACGCGUCCUCCUUGAAGCGCUGCGGGUACAAAGGCGCCUUGGACCCGAGGAGGAGCAGCAGCGGCACCUGGGAUUCAUGGACACCAUGGAGUGACGCCUCCACCUCCAACCUCACACUGAGACAGUGAGUAACCCAGGAGCGAUUAAAAAACACUUUCACCUCUUUUUCAUCCCCCCCUUCCCGAGAUCCACAUCACCCUGGUCACAAAGACACCAGCUGUCAUUGUGGCUGAGAGAUUUCCUUUUUUGAUUUUCACUCCUCCUCUGAAAAGUGACCUUUUCUGGAAUAAUGCAUGAGAAACACGAAGUUUGCUCCAGUUUUUUAUUCCUCUCUCUGCGCAGCACGUUCCCAGUGACUGACCAGCCGGUUUCUCUUGUUCAUGAUGGGAUGUAUUGUUGCGCCCGCGCAGCUCACGACAAGUGUCAGCAAUUAGACUGUGUGUUUGUGGACGGGUUACCUCGAGGCCUGCUCUGAACACUGCUCUGCUGCUGGAGCUGGACAUUGUUGUUGGGAAGGAGUCGGUGUUGGAAAGGGACAAUCUGAGCGUCCUUGGCGUCUUCCCUCCCUCCCUCCCCUUGAGACGGGGGUCGGUCACAGAAAUACAUUUGGAACAAUAUGGUGGAGCCAGUUGGAUUCAUGGAGGCGUGGAAAGCGCAAUUCCCAGAGUCUGAGCCACCCAAGAUGGAGCUGAGGUCAGUAGGGGGCAUCGAGCAGGAGCUGGAGAGGUGCAAGGCGUCCAUCAGGCGUCUGGAGCAGGAGGUGAACAAGGAGCGAUUCCGCAUGAUCUACCUGCAGACCCUCCUGGCCAAAGAGAGGAAGAGCUACGACAAGCAGCGGUGGGGCUUCAGGAAGACGCCGCUGAACGAGGGGAUGGACCCCGCAGCCACACAGGGGGCAGAGUCCCAGCAGCCACACAUGCAGGAGACUGGUGGGGUCGGAGUAGGGGUUUGUGGUGGAGGGUAUGGCUGCGGUGGUGGUGGUGGUGGGGCCAUCAUGGACAGGACUCGCUUCCAGCCUCUUGGAGAUGGCACAGGCAGAACCAAACCGAGACCCCCACCUGCCAGAAAGUCAGCCUCCCACGGAGACGGACUGGAGUCAGCGUUUGAGGUGCCGCAGCAAGUUGAGUCGACAUCCUGCGACAACCUGGACGGCCUCUCGCCAUCCAAGCAGAGAGGCGGCAUCUCAGUCUCUCCCCGCAGGCCCACCCUUCCACCCCCAGACAAGGAUCUGCCCUCUGACCCCAAGGACAAACUUGGGAUGGGACUUGGUGUGGCGGCUCUGAGAUCCAACUUUGAGAGGAUCAAACGGGCCAACUCUCACUCUGCAGGUGAUGUAGCUAAGGGUCAGGAGAAGCAGCUACCGCCUCCACCACCGCCAUUUUACACUAACAUGGAAUUCCACCACGAGAGGGGUCUGGUGAGGGUCAAUGACCGUGACGUCUCUGACAAGAUCAGCUCCUUAGGCAGCCAGGCCAUGCAGAUGGAGAGAAAGAGAUCUCUUCACUCCCUCCCAGGUAACCUGGCAACAGUAGCUGGGGAGCUCCGCGCCAGGCCAGUGUACAGAGGACGUUCCACCGAGAGCACCUGCGGCUAUGACGCAGAAUAUGAAGAUGGAGAGCCCAAUCAGAGACAUUCAGGGAGAGCCAACGGGGGAAAGCCUCCGCCCCCACCUUGGCAGCCCUCUGACUUCCAGGCCUACUCCAGUGUCUAUGUUGGUGGGGUGAUGAUGGGCGAAGGUGGGGGUGGAGAUGGUAGAUCUGGAGGUGGUAGCGGAGUCACAAUGAGAGACCACGGGGGAGGAGACGACCACCUCCUGACCUGGCCACGCCGAUCCUACUCCCCAGGUAGUUUUGAGGAUGUGGGUGGAGGCGGCGGCUACACGCCGGACUGCAGCUCCAACGAGAACCUGACAUCCAGCGAGGAGGACUUCUCCUCUGGCCAGUCGAGUCACGUCUCACCCAGCCCCACCACGGCCUUCCGUCGGCCCUUCAGAGAGAAGAGCCGCUCGCCAUCCCAGAACUCGCAGAAUUCCCAGCACUCUUUGGACAGCAGCAGCCCGCCAACGCCGCAGUCCCAGAAGCGUCAUCACCGACAGCAGGGAGGCCACGUGGUCAUGUCUGAGGCCACUAUUGUGAGUGUUCGCAAGACCGGUCAAAUCUGGCCACCUGCUGCCCAUCAUGACCUCUUGCCCCACGGCAGAACAUCCCACGACAACAGUUUCCAUGGAGACCACCUAGCCACACAGAGACUGAGUGGACGUCAAACUGCAAAUAGUCUUGUGUGGAACUACUCCACUCCAGAGAGAGUCACGUACAAGAGAUGAUGACCAGUAUUCACAGCCGUGUAAACAACACAACAGUGGGUGGGGCUAUAAGCUCCGUCACAUGGUUCAGUCUGUCACAUGUAAUUUAGGUUAUUCACUUAUCACGUGGAACAGAAGCAAAUAUAUAAUUGACUAUA